CUGGGAAUGGUGAGUCAGUUUCACCACUGAGAGCUCAAAUUCGCCUGACCUUCACCUCUACUUAUCCUUUCCCCUAUAUAAAACCUCCCAUAUUACAGAAGACUAGAGAUUUAAAAAAAAAUACAGUCGUGAUGGAGACUAGAGAGUUCCCUGCAUGGCUUGAGGUUUUGCUAAAGGAGAAGUUUUUCAACGCUUGUUUGGACCAUGAAGAAGAAAAGAAGAACGAGAAGAACAUUUUGUGCAUCGACUGUUGUCUUAGCAUCUGCCCUCACUGUCUCCCUCCACAUACCUCUCAUCGUCUUCUUCGGAUAAGAAGAUAUAUGUAUAACGAUGUUUUGAGGGUAGAGGAUGGCUCGAAGCUAAUGGACUGCUCUUUAAUUCAGCCAUACAUAGUGAACAGUUCGAAAGUUGUGUUCAUCAAUGAACGGCCUCACCCUCGACAGUUUCGUGGUUCCGGCAACUUUUGCAGCACCUGUGACCGGUCUCUCCAAUCUCCUUACCUCUUCUGCUCUCUCUCCUGCAAGAUCAGUGACGUCAUAAUGAGACAAAGAGGACUCUCAGGGUUUCUCCGCGUCUGCAACUUUCUUAACUUAACCGAAGAUGUGACCACAUCCACUCUUGAACCUUCCGGGUCAGACGGUGACGGAGGAGUAGACAUGUUUUUGUGUCAGGCGCUUGCUUGCACCGCUGCAACUGAAAUCGUUCGCAAGAAGAGAAGCAGCUUGACUACGACUUGCCGAAGAGUCACCACGGCGGUAUCCUCGGCUAACACGGAAGCUCCGGCGAACUUUUUUAACCGAAGGAAGAAUACGCCGCCGCAACGAGCUCCGCUCUAUUAGGGCCGUAUGUGUUUGGUCCAAGUAAUAAGGAGAAGGAAAAAAGAAAAAAAGGAGACUCUUCUGGUUUUAUCUGGUCUGUGUACCGCUUAAA